GCCUCCCCCGCCUGCGUCGGUCGCAGGGUUGGGCCGCGGAGCAGCUCGGAGCGGAGCCGGGGUUGGGGGGGAGCGGCGGUACCGGGGGAAACUGUGUAUAUCUAUGUGUGUCCACUCUUUCUUGGGAAAUGUCCAGUGUUUCCAGUUACGCCCAACGAAUGGCCCAUCUGAGUGCUCGGAUAUUUGGAGAAAUGACCAGGCCAACUGACACAAAAUCUAUGAAAGUAGUGAAGCUCUUCAGUGAGCAACCUUUGGCCAAACGGAAGGAGGUCUACAGCUGGUAUCCUCCUCACAACACCUACUAUGCCCUCAUGAAGAAACUCCGCUACUUUGGUCUUUACAGAGAUGAGCAUCAAGACUUUAAAGAGGAGAUGAGACGGUUGAAAAAGCUCCGUGGGAAGGAAAGACCAAAAAAGGGGGAAGGAAAGAGAGCUGUCAAGAAGAAAUAAUGUCACUUCAGCAAUAUAAUGAACUUCUCUGGAGAUGCUAGGGAGAUGCUUCAUCUGGAGAUGCUGUAAUUCAGGUUUUCUGUUCCCAGCUGGAGAGGGCUUGGCAUGUGAACUGCAUAUGGGAGCUGGAGGAACACACUGUAAAAUGCUGGAGUCUGCCUUGUUAGUGCACUUGGAUCUGCAGUUUUAUUGUUUUGUGAAUUUCUAUAGUUCAAAUAUUCUGUAUAUUGCAGCAUGUUGAUUUGUCAUGAGAUCCCUCUCUUUCCUAAGUAGUAACAACAGAAGCAAAAAAUAAAAGUGCUCAGUUUUUUUAUUGCAUA